GACAAGGUUCCUGGCGGUGAGGACAAGGUUCCUGGCGCUGAGGACAAGGUUCCUGGCGCUGAGGACAAGGUUCCUGGCGCUGAGGACAAAAUUCCUGGCGGUGAGGACAAAAUUCCUGGCGGUGAGGACAAAAUUCCUGGCGGUGAGGACAAGGUUCCUGGCGGUGAGGACAAGGUUUCUGGCGGUGAGGACAAGGUUCCUGGCGGUGAGGACAAGGUCCCUGCCGGUGAGGACAAGGUUCUUGCCGGUGAGGACAAGGUUCCUGCCGGUGAGGACACGCACUCAAACUUGUAAGUUAUGAUGUAGUUUUUAACUGUCAGGUAGAGAAAUGAUAGAACUUAAACCGUAGAUACUGUACCAUGCAUUAAACAUAGUCUUAAUAAACUUAUUAUAAUAUUAUUUUAUGAGAAUCUAGUUUUCCGUGAAAUUGCUUUUUUAAGACAUGUGAAUCGUGAAACGGCUUUUUUUCGUUGUGAAACGUGAUCCAUACCCCCCUUUCCCACCCUCAUAUAUAUUAUAAGAACUCUAUUAUUUUCUAGAUUACAAAAUUUACAAUCUACAUGCAUAUUGUACAUUAUUAUAUCUCAAGUUAGUUAGGGCAUCCAUUUAUAGAAAAUCAUGAAUUAAAACAAAAAUCCUAAAUCAUGCCCACUAAAAACUUAUUCAAAUUCAGCCAAGAAUUCUAUUAUUUUCUAUAUUACAAAAUUACAAUCUAAAUAUUAUACAUUAACAUAUCUCAAAUUACUCAGGGCCCCCUAUUUAUAGAAAAACAUACAUAAAACAAAUCAUGUCUCCUAAAAACUUAUUCAAAUUCCUAUCAACAUAAUCAUGUAUAGUUGUAUUAGAAACAUAUAUAUUAUAUGUUUCUAUAUUCUACAUUACAAAAUAUAAAAUUAUAUACUAUAUAUUAUGCACUAUUAUAUCUCAAAUUAAACAAAAAUCCUAAAUCAUGUCUCCUAAAAACUUAUUCAAAUUCCUAUAUCGACAGAAUCAUGUAGUUGUAUUAGAUACAAAAUUACAUAUAUAUUAUAGAAACUCUAUUAUUUUCUAUAUUACAGAAUUUAAUUACAAUCUACAUAUUAUACAUUAUUAUAUCUAGAAUUAGUUGUGCCCCCCCCCAUUUAUAGAAGAUCAUAAAAAUAAAACAGAAAUCGUAAAUCAUGUCUCCUAAAAACUUAUUAAGAUUCCUAUCAACAUAUAUCAUGUAGUUGUAUCAAUUACAUAUAUAUUGUAGAAACUCUAUAUUUUCAAUAUUACAGAAUUUACAAUCUACAUAUUAUACAUUUAUACAUAUAAAAUUAGUCGUGGCCCCAAUUUAUAGAAUAGAAAUAAAACAAAAUCCUAAAUCAUGUUUCCUACAAAAGUAUUCAAAUUCCUAUCAACAUAUAGCAUGAAAACCGUUUGACUCAAUAAAUCAUGAAAUACUACUACAAAAAAUGCACGACCAUUUUGGGAUAAUUGGCACUGAACUGGAAUUGUUUAAAUCUUACCUAACCAACAGGGAGCAACAAUGUACGGUUAAUGGCCAGAUUUCAUCACUUAAGAAAACAGUUUGUGGAAUCCCGCAGGGUUCUAUCUUGGGGCCGUUGCUGUUUCUACUAUAUAUAAACGAUAUGCCUAAAUCUUUAAAAUUUUGCACUCCCUCUAUGUAUGCAGAUGACAUGGAAAUUUAUACAUCUGCUAAAGAUGGUGACGAGCUGGUCACCAAUAUAAACUCUGAUCUUGAAAAUGUCCUUAAAUGGAUGUUACAAAAUAAGCUUCAAAUUCAUCCAACAAAGACAAAACAUACUGUAUGUACAUUGGAUCGUCUUUUAAUAUUAAAAACAAAAUUUCUCAGAACCCAAUUUUAAUUUAUAACGUACCAGUCCCCAGGACGGAAAACUACACAUGCCUGGGUGUUGACCUGGAUGGAAGGUUUAAUUGGGAAAAACAUAUAGAUAAUAUUUGCGCGACAGUUGGGGCUGGAAUUGGAAUUAUGAGAAGAAUGAAGCCUUUUGUACCAGUAGAAACACUUAAGCUAAUAUAUAAUGCCCUGGUGCAACCGUACUUUGAUUAUUGUAGCCCUCUUUGGGACAAUUGUGGAAGUGGUCUUAUAGGGAAAUGCUUCAAAGAUUGCAGAAUCGCGCUGCGAGAGUUAUAACGGGGUAUACUUUUGAUAUUCGAUCUGUUGAUGUGCUGAAUAUGUUAGGUUGGGAAUCCUUAGACCAUGCAGAGACGCAACUAUACAAAAUCUAUUUGGAUUUAUGAAAUAAUUAAUGACCAUGCCGCCCCAAAUUUAAAACAACUAUUUCGACGAUGCAGUGAAGGUGAUUCCCCUUAUGAUCUUAGGAAUCGUGAAACUGAUAUUAGUAUUACCAAAACCAAAGAAAGAAUUUCUUAAAAGAAGUUUUAAAUACAAUGGAGCUAUCCAUUGGAAUAAUCUGUCUAUUGAAGCAAAAAGCGCUGAUUCCGUUUAUUCAUUCAAGAGAAUUAUAAAAUCUACGGCGAAGUGUAGCUGACCUGUCCUCAAUAAUAUUUAUUUGUUUCGUUUAUAUAUUUUUGUCUACCUGUUAGUCUUUGUAUGCUUCAUGUAACUUUAAAAAAGUUAAAGUAUCAUGUAUGUUAUAUAAUAACUCUAUUAUUUUCUAUAUUACAUAAUUUACAAUCUACAUUUUAUACAUCAUUAUAUCUAAAAUUAGUUGGGAACCCCACUUAUAGAAUAUCAUAAAUAAAAAUAAAACAAAAAUCCUAAAUCAUGUAUCCUAAAAACUUAUUCAAAUUCCUAUAUAUCAACAUAUAGCAUGUAGUUGUAUUAGAUACAUAUAUAUAUAUUAUAAGAACUCUAUUAUUUUCUAGAUUACAAAAUUUACAAUCUAUAUAUUAUACAUUUAUAUAUAUCUCAAAUUAGUAGGGCAUCCAUUUAUAGAAAAUCAUGAAUUAAAACAAAAAUCCUAAAUCAUGCCCACUAAAAACUUAUUCAAAUUCAGCCAGGAAUUCUAUUAUUUUCUAUAUUACAAAAUUACAAUCUAAAUAUUUAUACAUUAACAUAUCUCAAAUUACUCAGGGCCCCUAUUUAUAGAAAAUCACAUAUAAAAAUAAAACAAAUCGUGUCUCCUAAAACCUUAUUCAAAUUCCUAUCAACAUAAUCAUGAGUUGUAUUAGAAACAUAUAUAUUAUAAGAACUCGGUUAUUUUCUACAUUACAAAAUAUACAAUCUAUAUAUAUAUAUUAUAAAUUAUUAUAUCUCAAAUUAGUUGCUCAAAUUAUCAUAUAUAAAAACAAAAUAAAAUCCUAAAUCUUCCCUGCUAAAAACUUAUUCAAAUUCUAAUCAACAUAUAGCAUGUAGUUGUAUGUAUUACAUUUUUUUAAUUAUGGGAACCCUAUUAUUUUCUGUAUUACAAAAUUUACAAUCUACAUAUUAUAUAUUAUUAUAUCUCAAAUUAGUUGGGUACCCCAUUUAUAGAAUAUCAUAAAUAAAAAUAAAACAAAAAUCCUAAAUUAUCCCUGCUAGAAACUUAUUUAAAUUCCUAUCAACAUAUAUGGCAUGUAGUUGUAUUAGUCUAUUCGAUAUAUUUUUUUUAUUAUGGGAACUCUAUUAUUUUCUAUAUUACAGAAUUUACAAUCCACAUACUAUACAUUAUUAUAUCUCAAAUUAGUUAUUAAAGUAGUUAAUUUGUCUCCUAAAAACUUAUUCAAAUUCCUAUCAACAUAAUCAUGUAGUUGUAUCAUAUACAUAUAUAAUUUAAGAACAGGAUUAUUUUCUACAUUACAAAAUAUACUGUACGAUUAUAUGCAUUAUUAUAUCUCAAAUUAGUUGUGGCCCCCAUUUACAGAAUAUCAAAACUAAAAAUUAAACAAAAAUCCUAAAUCAUGUCUCCUAAAAACUUAUUCAAAUUCCUUUAAUGCUUUAAUGCUUUAACGAAAUACUCCUAAAACAGUAUUAUACUACACUAGGAGGAGUUAUAUAUACUGAAAAACUAGAUAAUAUUUAUAUUUAUUUACAAGAAAUUAGUCUUCAUAAUCACUGUAUGACACAUAUAUUAGGCGGUGAUUAUAGAAUGAUGUUGUUAUAUGUUAUUAACAACAACAAUGGCAAAAGCGACAAACGACAAUAACAACAACGACAACAACUCUAAGACUAGAAAACGAACUGUUGUUAAGAUAACUGUAUUUUGUAGUUAAUUCGUAGUUGACAUUUUAUGGUUGACAUUUCGAAAACAGUAAACUUGGGCAACCUAUGUCCAAUGAGGGGUUGCUAGGCAACGGGUUUUAAGGUCGUUCGAAAAACGUUGUUCGUGAGAUUUUAUGAGGGGAAAUAUUACUUUUAUUAUUGUUCUUUUCGUUUAUUUUUGUUAAAUUAAAGUUUGUAAAAAGAGUUUCGAGUCUUGAGAACAUAUUUUUGGCGAUCCUGCCAGGACAUUGGAGUUUUAUAAUGAUAUAAUCGUGAUCUUUCGUUCGUAGUAUUGGAAAAAUAUUGACAGGCGGCAUUUGCAAGAAGUAUUCGUAUCGUUGUUGGAUUUAAUUUCGCAAAAGUGUGAGGAAUUGUCGAUGGUUGGGACGUAA